AUGGAACGUUAUCAACUCUACUCACGCUGGCCCACCAGGAUUGUUACAAUGAAAGUAGUGCUCUGCGUAACUACGCAGCUGCCGACCCUUGUCGAAAUUCUGGAUCCACUGGAAGUCUUAUUCAGAUUUGUAUCUCAGUGGUUCUUCAUUGUUCUAUAUUAUUUACCAUACGCUCUUUCUUUCACAAUGGAAAGUCUGCACUAUAAACACGUGCACAAAGGAAGGAAGCAUCCUGAUUUCAUUCGCUAUAAGCUCUAUUUGUACAAAUCGAAGGAACUCCUAUUUGGCAAGAUGUAUACCCGUGAUCACGUGAUGAUACAUGAGCUGACCCCCUGGGGUUACGAGGAUCAAUGGAUUAGUAUCGUGUUCUACAACAGCUAUGCAGAAACAGAACCCUUAUUCGUGUAUAUGACUUCGUUUCGCCGUAUCCGAGCAGUGCCAAAGAGAGUAUUCGCUUCCACUGUUGCCGCGAGAAGUUUUGUUGUUUAUUUUGAACAUGAGGACCCUGAGCAAAUGAUUGUGGAAGACGUCAGCGCUUAUCAAGUUUUUAUUUCUAAAACUGAUAUACCUACUACCAAUACACUGCUUGCCAAUAUCGUGAAGAAUGAAACAGUUGCAUUCGAACGCAGAACUACGCAUAAAGAUCUAACUGCAUAUGAGGCCUUCGAUCUUGAGCCAGAAACAACUUACGUUGUGGGUGUCAAAUAUUGUAACCCAAGUAAAGCCAAAUGUGGCGACCUCAGCAAGUUGAUUACCGUGAAAACAACAAAAGAAAAGCUGGAGAAGCGUCCACAAGUCUCUAAACUCUCUAUAGUAACGCCAUAUCGAAUUGGUGUCGAAUGGACGGGAAUAGCGGAUAUAGCAAAUGUCAGUCUCCUUCACAAUGGCGAAGUGAUCCGUGGCGUCUCAUUAAAUAAGGAGGUUACUUAUUAUUUCGAGGAUCUCAGCCCAUCAAUGCUGUAUACAAUAACUGCAAGAGAAGUUUUUGAAGAUGAUCGUUCGUUUCCCUUGAUUGUAAAACUUCGAACACCGAAUGUGCAGACCGAACACAACACCGAACAAAGGGCAAUUACAUCACAAAUAGCCGAUCUUUCGAAGCAAAUUGAAGAGGUCCAAAAGCGAGUCGCCGAGAAGAAAACAAUAUUAGCACGACGGAAAAGGGAGCUGGCGGAGCAGAUUGCAAAUGCUAACAAUCGAAUAGCUGCAGUUCGUGCGAAGGAGGAAGCUCUUGCUUCACGAUCAGAGUUCAUGAAAAACAUGCUUUUCACGCCCAAAACAUUCUUCUUGGGUAUUCUUGUUCUGCAGUUUGGCAUUGUCGUAGGAAUGGUUGUUUUUGUGACAGCUCAGUACUGUGUUCUACACUCGUUAAGGAAAAAAUCCAGGAGAAAUCUUUGA